AUGGCUUGUGGUGAGGCCGUCAACGAUCCAUCACUGGAACGAGCUUUCAGCAUCGCCAAAGAUGAAGGUUUCAGGCUUUUCUUCUCUUUCGACUAUGCCGGUCGAGGACCUUGGCCCAAGGACACCGUUGUUGGUUACUUGAAGAAAUAUGCCUCUAGGGGCGAGUACUUCAAACAUAACGAUGGCAAACCCUUGGUCUCUACCUUUGAAGGCCCUGGGAAUGCUAAAGAUUGA